UUACAAACGCUGUAGUUCAAAAGCUGUGAAACCGUUUGUAUUUUCCACCUGCUAUGGCUUUGAGCAAACCCAGCGCAAGCCUGACUGUUCAAACACUUACCUUUGCCAAAGCAGAGUAGAGCUCAUGGCCUCCACCGAAUUGUUAAUACUGUGUGUUCGGAAUACCUGGACUGUUUCCAGAGAAAGGUAAAGAAUGCCCAAAGAACUCCAGAGACGGCUCUGACGGCCUUUGUGCUUGGCCAGCCUCACUCAACGGCAGACAUGGAGGCUAAAAGCCAAGGCAAGUGGAUCCUUACGUGGUUCGACUUUGGCGUCAGAUUCCACACGUACCUGCUGCAAGCUGGUGCCGUCUAAUGUGGGUUGCCCACAUCGCACAGAUAUUAACUGGAGAACAGAUAUUUUCUUGUGAGUAAUGGAUUAGGAACCUGCACUGAUCAGCCGGUACGUCCGGGUAUCGUUAGGGUGGAGCCAGGUGUGAAGAAAGGGAGAAGAUACCAACUGAGCUAGUUCUGGGCAAGCUUUUGGGUUUGUAAUCGAUCUCAGGGAUAUGUUGAUUCUGCAGAAGUUUGAGUUUGUAUGAGACCUGUCUAAUCUGGACUUUUCCUUUGCCCUGACUAUCGCCGUUUCCUCCCGAGGCUGUGACCUUGAGAGCCUGCAAUUCCGGGAGUUGACCGAGCUGUCACCCGGGAGCAGGGCUCAUUAGUGGCAUCCUCCUCACGCACUCUGCAGUCAUCCUGGUUUUCUUCUUUGGCCCUUUUGCUGACCUUUGGAGAGGCCUGGGACAGCCAGAGAAGUCGUGAGCACCAAAUCAUGGGUUAACUUGGCGGUCCCUCCUUCUAUUCAGAGCCAGUCAGACUCCGAGAACUCAGAUUUAGUUAGCCUCUGGAGUAAACUCCAGUGCGAUGUGGAGAAAGGGGCAAACUCAUCUUAAAUGUCAGCCCGGCAUCCCUGGGGGUGAGUGACAGCAGGUAAUUAGAAGCAAUUAGUCUUGCCCCUGUCGGGAAACCGGGCAAUUACCUUUCUCUCUGGCUUCCACUUCCGUCCUUCCUGCUCGGAUGAAAGCGGUAGAAGCUCCCUGCUCCCUCAGCGGCAGAACGCCGAGCUGGCUCGGGGACCAAGGAUGAGCAGAGCCGGCUUGGGUCUCCUCCUCCCGCCGGCGGAGCAGCGGUGCAUUGUGGAGGCAGCGCGCGCCCAGCGCUGAGCCACAGCCCGGGACCGCGCGCGGGGAGCUGUCCGAGGUGCUGACCGUCCGGCCCGCGCGCCCGCCUGCUCCGAUCCGCGCGUGGAUCCCCGUCCCCGGGCGGCUCCCGCCCUCUGGCUGGCCCACUUCUCUGAACCCAGCGAAGCGGCUGAGGGUAGUCAUGGUAUUCGCUCCAGGUGAGAAGCCUGGGACUGAGCCAGAGGAGGUGAAGCUUCAGAAUGCCAGCAAGCAGAUUGUACAGAACGCCAUUCUGCGAGCCAUGCAGCAAGUCUCCCAGGAGAGCCUGCGGAGGGAAGGCAGACCCGGUGACAGCAGGGCCAGAAGCCAGCUGGGAGGGUGCGAGCUGACCAAGAAGCACGAAAAGAAGUAAUAGGUGCUGGGUCUGGCUCUUGUCAUCUUGGUUUCUGCCUUUUCUGGUAGUGUAGGAUGUGCCACCAGAUGUUGCCAAUAAGCAAACCAAAGUGUCAUGGAUGCCCAUCAGUAGGAUGAGUUCAUGCUAGUCUUUGUGACAAGCUGUGGUUUGCAAACCUGCAUUAGGGACUCUUCAUAUCUGUGGGGAGACUCCGGGAGCAGCUGAGCCAGAUGUGGCACUCACACUGCAGACGUCAUUUUGCAACACAACCUAUUUUCCUAUUUCUUAAAAAAAAAGAGUCUACAUUUUGUUUAUUUAUGCAUUUUUCCCAUGAAUUCAACCAGUGGUCUUUAUGGCCCUUCUGAGUCACUGAGAGUGGUUCUGUGUUCUUCAUAAAUAUUAAAAGAUACACUAGAAAGAUGAAGGAAUGGAGCUUUAGCCCUGUUCAGACAGACACUUGAUGACUUUUCUGUUGAGAGUUCAGGUUCAAGGUCAAACUGAGCAGAGCAGAAUCCAGCCCCAGCCCUGUACAAGAGCUUACGUUUAUAUUUCUCUAAGGAAGGACUGUGUUUAUGCCUUGUGAGACCUCAGUCUUUCCUCUGUUCUCGGAGUUGUUUGUUGACAUUUACCUUCUGCGCAGAGAUCUGGUGGGGACAGGAUAUUUCUUCUUAACUCCAGAUUAAAAGAGAUGGCUGAACCUGCACUCAUGAGUUUUCUUUGGCAGUCUAAAGGGAACAGCACACACUCUGAGCUUCUAGCUGCUCCCCAUCCUGGACUUACCAACCCUUGAAGCUGGAGAGGGCAGUCAGCCUCCUUGGCCAGGCUGAGCCCGGUGAUGGCUAUGCAUCUUUGCUAGUCCUUUACUGACAGAUUUCCCUCUCCCACGAAAAGAAUCAGCGUGACCUUUUUCUUUUAACAUUAUCAAAAUUAUAAGGCCAGGAAUAAGAACUGUGAAGACAUGGGAAACUUUUGUUUUUUCUUUUUAAUUCUCCGAGGUGUGUGAACAGAAUGAGAAGAGGAAUGUGGCUGUGGGCUGAAGGCAUUUGGAGAGAAGUGUGUGCAUGUGCGCCAACACAGCCACCUCCAUUCCACACGACAGCCUCCUGCUGCUCCCGUGUGGACAACAGGUGUCUCUCUCAAGUCUUUCAGAGCCUCCUUUACUGUGCUUCAUGGAAACCACUGAGCUGGUGCUACUGGGGACAGAGGAAGAAGUCAACCUUGGCUAAAACCCUCCAGGCUACAGAGUAUCAGUGUCUACAUUGGCAUUCACUCUAAAAGACACAUAUUGCUAGUGUUUACACAUCUCCCAAAUUCAAAUCUGCCAUGCUAUGUGUGGCCGGGGAUACUACAGAUAACAGUAAAUAAUAAUAAUAAAAAGAACCAUUCACCACAUUAGACUAUAUUUGGUGAUGCAUAGGUGGAACAAAUUAAUCCUGGGAGAGAAUUCACAGGGGAAAUAAGAGGGGGUUAAAUUUUAGAUAUUGUUUAUUCAUCAAUUUUUUUUAAAGCAGAACUCAUGGCAAUUAAAGAACAAACUUAAGUCAACCUAAAAUCAUAUGACUGAAUUUGUGGCAGUCUUAUAGCAUGGGCAAUGGGAAUAAGUAUAUUUGGAGAAAUUUUUCAUACGUUCCCACAAAUAAGAAACGUAACCCGUGCCUGCACUUUGUAGGUGGCCUGACACUGUGUCUCUGCUAAGACAUCUGACUCGACCCAACCUUGUUUUACUGUCAAAUGGCAGAAGCAUAAUAUGUUUCCUUUCUUCUCUGGCGUGUAUGCACUAAUAAACAAGGGAUCUGGGAAAUAUAA